UGGCCCCUCUGGUAGCAUCCACAUCUCCGCCGCAAAAUCGAUCCGGCGAGGCGGUGGCGGAGAGACGCUCGUGACGUCACCGGUGCUCAGGGACGUGGUGGGGGAGGCGGUUUUCAAGCCACUCGAAACCCAAACGCUUCGGCCGCGGCCAGUGAGUUUUGGGUACGGGUGUUGUGUACCUUCGCGCGUCGUCAGAUGCGAUCACCGCACGAGCGGAAGGUCGGUCAGUGUUCCGUUUUGUGAUCAGUUUGUGCCCGUCACUGUGACAGUGCCACCGUCCAUUCGCCGGUGGACACGUGAAACGUUCCCCCUGAAUAGAGUAAACGUUGAUGUAAAAAAUGCCCCAGUGCGCGGUGGUGGGAUGCAACAGCACCCAUCGCAAAACUAAGGGCGGCACGAUCCGCUACCAUCGUUUUCCCGGCGACGCGAAAACGCGUUCGAAAUGGAUCCAAGCGUGCGGCAAGGAGCUGAACAACUGCUCGACGGCCAGGAUCUGUUCGAGACAUUUCACCGACGAGAGCUACGAACGGGACGUGCAACACGAACUGUUGGGUCUGCCGACCAGGUGUCGGUUGAAGAAGGGCGCGUUGCCCGAAAGGAACUUGCCCACCGAUUUUUUGAAGGAGGAGAUCGUUCUGGAGACGGCGAUCGAUAUACUGCUUGCGGUCGGUCUGGUGCCCAAGAGCGGGAAGAUGUUCGGAGGGUUGCCCGAGGAUUUAAAUAAAAUGCACAUCAUGGAAGACGUCCGCGAAGGUUGCAGCGUCCAGCCGUCGUCUCCCGGACACGCGGAACAAAGGACCAACAAGGAAGUGAAAGCGGAAUCUAACGCAGAAAACGGUUACAAAUCCGACAGUCUGCAUACCGAAAUAGACUUGUAUAACGGUGUGAAGGAGGAGUGCAAAGACGAGAAAUCGGAAUCGGCUCCAGAAGCUCAAGAAUCGGAAAAGUCCCACGGCUCCAAUCAUCUCAAUGACGAAACUAACAGCAACAGUUCGGGGGAGAAUCAAGGCAGCAAAAGAAAAUCAGAUGGCGAGGAGUCGCCGGUGAAAAGACUGCGUUCUGACAUCCAGGAGAAUUUCAAUGCCAGAGAGAAGAUAUUCAACGACUACAUGGAGAUGGUGGACUGUUCGUCAAUCGACAAAAUCGAAUCUCAUUCGGAGCAGAUCCUCAGCCAGAUACGCACUUUAAAUGAACUAGCGAAGGAAAAGGAACGGGAAUGGAACACUAUAAUCCAUCAGAAAAAAAUAAAGGAGGAACUUCUGUUGCGAUUGCAGAGAAAGAAACAGAUUAUGCGACUGAAUGACAGCUCUGAUAUGCUGGACGAGACGGAAGAUCGUUUCUCCAGCUCGCAGAGUUUACUGAAACCGGAGCUGCGCAAUCCCAACUCGAUGGAGAGGUUCAAGUUCAGGACUAUAUUGCCGAAGAGUCAGAACGGACAAGAUUUGGGAUUGGUGGACUUCCGGCAAGGCAAAAGACAAGUGGUUGACGUACAAUCCUUAAUAGCAGACUACAGACAAAGACAUCCGGAGGCUGUGCCCAGAAGAGGCAGGAGAAUCAGGACGUUACAAGGGGAUUCGAGGAACAGCAUCGUUAAUUUGGCCCUGGGAUCAGGUGCUGAAAUCAAACAUAACUCAUCAAAUGAUGAGUUGGGGAUGCUCGUCAAUUCUGGGAGACUUGGAACUGAUUUGUCGGGAAAAGACAGUGGUCCAUUCAAGGAUAUGUUGUUGCAGCUGGCCCAACUGUCACAAACCGAAAGGAACGAGUUCUUCCAAAACGUCGCGAAUAAACCACCUCCACCAUAUCCUGAAGUUACCGUUCACCCAGUUCCUACUUCCACUUCAACCCCUCAUACUAAUUCAUUACUUCAUGGUAUCCUGACAAAGAGCCCUCAAAAACAAAACAGCAAAACAUCGUUCAGUCCUACUUUAGCGAGGCUGUUGACUGCACCAGAAAGAGCGAAUAGCAACCACUUAACUUCAACUCCCACAAUCUCGGGCAAUUCGUUGCUGCACGGCAACAACAUGUCGAUAUCCGAGAUUUUAUCCAGCAACAAAGCCCGUAAUGAAAUAACAAUCACUCCAGUCGGCAGCUAUGAAACUUCCACUAAAUCCAAAAACGAUGACGAAGAGGGCGAGGAUAAUGCAGACAGGUUGGUCAUAGACGAAAGUUCGGAAGCUAUGGACGGUAGAAGAGGUGACAACAGUUCUGAUGCUGGUGAUGAAGUACCCCAAUGCCAAGGCUGCAAUCUAAAACCGGCUCAGUUCGUGUGCGCAGGUUGUGGUAAUCAGUGGUACUGUAGUCGGGAUUGCCAGGUUGCCGCUUGGGAUGAGCACUCAGAAAUUUGUUCCGGAUAAGCUGGAAAUGACAUUACCUAUUUUUAUCUUAUAUAUUGUAAGUUAUUCGAAUAUUGUACAAAUAUUUUAUUUAUAUUUCCAUAUUUCAUGCAAUCAGAUUAGUUCUGUUUUUACAUUUUAUAAACAUUAUAUUUAUUUAUACCAAAGAAAUCCAAAGUUGUCUUAGAACAGAAGUAUUUAUUGUUCAUGAACAUACCAAAUAUCAAAAUAAUUACGGUUACAGAUACAGUACUUAGAAAUAUAGCUUUUGUACAUCGCAUUCUGUUCUAAAAGUAUGUAAUGUAGCAUAUUUUUAUACUUGCUAAGGCAAUUAAUACUAGAGUUCAAAAAUAUACAAUAUUGUAUUAUAUGAUAUAGUUAUUAUAUAAUUAAUAUUAUUGUACCUAAAUCGGGCAAAAGUAAAUCAAAAAAUAAUCAAAAUACUUCUGUGAAAAUCAAAUAUUUUCACUUUUGACAAAUAUUAUAAAGCAUUUUACUUUUGUCCAUGAAUAUUCUAAAUAGUGUCAGCUUUUUAAUGCCGUAAUACUAUAUACAAACAAGUUGUCUGUCAUAGAAUUUGAAAAUUAAAACGUUUGUCUCAAUUCAUCAGAUUACGUAAAAUUUUCUGUUUAACUCAGUGUUCUCAUGACAGUCAACGUGUUAACUUGUGAACUGUGUAGUUUCAGUUUCAAAUUAGUAAAUAACAGGGGUAUGUAAAUUAGUAUGAUUCUUUUUAUAAAAACAUUUCAUUUAAGUGCAUAAAUACUUCGUUUUUACAAAGGGCAAUUACUGAAAUUCUAGUAUAGUAGUACAAUAUAUUCAUUUAUCUUCCUAUAAUUAAAUAUAAUUUAUACUAGUCAUGUAAUUAAUAGUUACCUAUUUGUAAUUUUUGCAAUUUAUGUUUAAGUGUUGUGAAAGUGCCAUUAUGUUAGAGUUGUACAUACAUAUUUAGUUUCUUGUGUUUUUUGAAAAAGAAAAAAAUUGUAAGAUACAAUUCUGUGAUAUCCUAAGUGUGGAUCAACGAUACUUAACUUGAAAUAUAGACGGUAUCUUUCAUAUAGA